GGCCUAAUGGAUAUUUAUUUUGGAUUUUUAUUAUUGAAUGGUAUUUCGAAUCUCCCAUGCAUUGUAAAGUAAAUUAUGAUUUAAAACAUAUUUUCAGGUGCGGCAAUUCAUUGAGAUGGUGAAUGGUACAGACACAGAAGUCCGUGGAGUGUCACGAUCACCAUCACGACCACCAACUCAUGAGUCUUCACCUUCACCAUGUUGGUCAAAUGGAAGGGCUGCAGACCCAAUGCCUGGCACUUCGUCCACACCGCCCUCCUCUUCCACCACAUCCACUCCAGUCCUUCAACACCACACCUCAGUUAUCCAGUCUACCAAAAGUGUCAUUGGUAGUGCGUCAGCCACAUCUGUGACUACUGAGGAGCUCAAUCAGCGUAAUGCUCAGGAUCUCUGUUCCAACAGUCCUUCAAGUGCGACAAAUGGCACCACACCUGUCAUUCACCCUCCUCCUCCACUGCGAUCAUCUUCGUCAUCAUCAUCAUCUAAUUCUUCUUCAAAUAUGCAUGACAGUGAUACAGAGAUGGAGUGCAUGGAGACAAAUAGUCAUCAUCAACAAGAAAAUAACAAUAGCCAUAGAGACACCAGUCACAGUAAUGGAUUUUCUAAUGGUUUCUCAAAACACAUUGAUAUGCAAGAUGAUAAUGAUGAAGAAAUGGAAUUAGAUGGGAGUAGUGGCAGCAGAAAAAUGUGUGGUGGUAACCCAGCUGCAGUUGAACGCAUGUUAGCAUUUGGAAGAGAAGUUCAACACAUGAGUCAAGUCUUACGAAGAGAAUUGGGCAAAAAUGACCAUAAUAAAAAAAUGCUUCAAGAUGCCUUCAGUCUGUUAGCCUAUAAUGACCCAUGGAACAGUCCUGUUGGAUGGCAGUUAGAUCCUCUUCAACGGGAACCAGUUUGUCAGUCAUUAAAUUCAGCUAUAUUAGAGUCUCAUCAGUUACCUCGACGACCUCCUUUAGAGAUCUGUGUGGCACACACUAAGCAGCUGAUUAAUCUCAUGUCUCGUUCAGGACUUGGGUCGUGUGCCUUUGCCAGCGUAGAAUCUAUUCUUGGCAGCCAACAGUGACACUCCCUCUAUGGGCCCUCCACUUCCUUCUCAGGGGCCUCCAAUCCACUUUGGACCGCAUUCUUGAAGUUUGUUUAAAAACUGCUUGACGGACUAGAAGUCACAAGCAGUUAGUGAUGUUUUUGAGGGGCAAUCCCCAUUAAGUUAUUAAGAAAUAUAGCUCAAGUGGAUUUUUCCUGAUGAUGAGCUCGUGAUACCUUGGAAUUUGGGACAAUGUAUAUUGCGCUGGUGUCAGGGAAAUGGUUCACUUACAAAUGACUGAAAGUUAUAAAGGUUCAUUAUUAUUGUACAUAAUUUGAGUUGUUCAGUUUGACAAUAGUCUAUCAUGAAGCUCUCUCAGUGUGAUGAGAUAUACCUGUAUGAACAAAGAUAUUUAAAGUGGUUUAUUAUUUCUCAUUACUAGGUGUGAUAAUUUAUGUUGGAAUAUAGAAGGUGAGCUGCUGUUGAACAUUGACCUAGAAACUAUUGGAUUUGAUGAACGAGGCAAUAGCUAAAGAUCUCUUACUUGAAAAGUGGAAAUUUAUUUUUACUUUUGUGAACAUACCUAUAUUCCACACAGAUGUUAUGCCAUUGUGUGACAUAGUAUUGAAUAUUGUAUGGAUAUCUUGAUGAGUAAAUGAAUGAAAGAAGUGCAGCCUUCCUAGUUCUCUUUGUGAA